CCUUUGGUAUUGUGGCGUUAGCGAAACCAAUUCAUUUUUCAGUGGUUUGAGUCGGAGAGAAAACAGCUUGACAAUGUCUUACCUGGGAGACAAACUGUUGGGAGGUAAGAUUUAACAUUUAUGUGGUAUAAAACUUAUUUUAAGUAGUCAUAACUCAUGAAGUUCUGUGCAUGGCGUCUUAAAAGUUAUGAAUUAGGCCACUUUGUAUACCGAUGUAACACGCUAGUUGGUUUCCUAAUUCAACCUGUGCACUAUCAAUGACUAUACUUACCUGACUGAUGUCACGCCUUUAUUGCAAGUCAUGAUUCUCCCCCGUCUUGUCUCCAAGUUGAUACAACACCGUUUUUUAAUGUAAUUCAAACUUUUUUCAUUAUUAGUCAUCGGUUACCUUUCCUCUCACCUUUCCAGGAAGUGUUGCCAAAGACAGCAAAACAGCAACAGACAGGGCGGGUGAGUGCUUUACUUUAAGAUUCAUACAGUUUUAAACUCGGAGUGGGUUUAUGAAAGCUUCUUUUAGAGAUAGUUUUAACCUUUUCGAGGCGAAAAAGAAACGAGUUAAAAUCAAUCAAACAAAAGUAAUUACGUUUAUGUUAUGCCAAAGCCAGAUAAGCUUAAGUACAGUGUCAUAAAAGGGACAAAAUUAAUCAUUAACUCAAAUUGCCUUUUUAAUUACUUGAUUUAAUGUAGACUGGAUAUCAUUUUAUGAAUGCCCUUUAAUGAACAAUGUAGUAAAAGUUUUUUUAUAUCCACAUAUCUCUGUAAUUAUGGUACGAAAUGACCAGCAAAGUGAAACUGCCCUGGGCAUAAAUGUCAAUUUAAAACUCAGAAACAAAAUUUACAAGUGUAAGCUUGCCAUGGCUCUUGCCCUAAAACCCCCAAUCGAUUGAGUUUAUAAAAGAAAAGCAUUAGACAAGCAAAUACUUGUGUACUCAGUGAUUUACAUGUUAAAAAAGAUAGUCAGUCAGAUAAGGCUUUAAGAGUUGUCAAACAACCCAAAGCUACUUGCCUCCGCACACAAAAUCUAACCUCCAUAUCUGUAGGCAGGGGUAUGGAGGUGUCACCUCUUUUCUUUUAGCAGCCUUUGCGAUCUUUCUCCACCUGUCAGCCUGCCAUUGAAACCCAUGAGGAUGCUAAGCUGAUGUAACAAUAGCUGCUUGACCUCAUACCAGCAGCAGUGGAGCAAUUCAGGCAGCUAUUGCUGUGCUGCUUAACAAAGAAGCCCCAAAAGCCAAAUUCUCUCAUGUAUUUUCAUCACUUUAAAGCUGCAAAGUCAGACUUGUGAUUGUUUUGUUGUUCAGUACAUGUUUGAUUAAUUUGUUUGUUGUUUUUAAUAGCAUACACAGAGAACCUGACAGAGACUGAUGCCUUCAUCAGCAGGUAACCGUUUCUUUCUUUCACUGUCUCAGCUGGAAUUUCUUUUUUUUCUCUUUCUGUCCUGGUGAUAGUUAAUAUCGUCUUUGUUCAACAGUUCUUUAGGUUUGGAUCCUGCAGAGGAGUACAGGAUGAGCUACAAAAGACGAGGCCUGGCACUCAUCUUUAACCAGGAGCGCUUUUAUUGGCGCUUGGGGUUAAAUGACAGACAUGGAACAAAUGCUGAUCGCUACAACUUAGAGAAAAGGUAUCACCUCUCAGCUACUUGCAGAUGAAGGAACAAGAUGUUUGUGUGCUGAGGGACCUGUCUGAACUUGUUUACUUGUGUAUUUGUGAAUGUCAAGUCUUUCUGGUGAUGAUACUGGCAUGCACUUGAUGACUUGCUUGACUUGUCUGACCUCUUUUUUUUAGACUAAUCGAGCUCAACUUUGAAGUGAAAGUUUAUGAAAACUACAAACAAGUGGAAGUGUUGGAUAAAAUAAACGAAGGUAUGUACACUAUCAGCACCAUAUUGUCACAGGAAUUUAAAUUCUUUCUUGCUCUUUUUUGUACUGUGUUUUUAAAACAUACCAUCAGUCAAAUAAUGAACAAAAACUUGAUGUUUUAACAGCUGCUGAAGCAAACCAUUCGGACGCAGACUGCUUUCUCCUUGUCUUUUUGAGCCAUGGUGAAAAUGAUCACGUUUACACCUAUGAUGGAAAGAUAAGCAUCCAGGACAUCACAGCCCUGUUCAAAGGAGACAAGUGCAAGAGCCUUGUGGGCAAGCCCAAGAUCUUUAUAUUACAGGUAUAGUUAUUCUUAAGCCAUAAACAAACCAAUUCAAGCUGCCUUGUAACUACAUCAAGGUUAAGUAACAAGGACCCUCUCUCACUAGGCAUGCCGUGGAGACAGACAUGAUGAACCAGUGACUGCCUGCGAUGCUGUGGACAGUGAACUGAAGACCAAUGAGGUGGUGGUAGACGCAAGUGCUGUGCACACCCUCCCUGCUGGGGCUGAUUUUAUCAUGUGUUACUCAGUGGCAGAAGGUGAGCCUGAAAGUCACUCAUUAACUUUCCACUUCAGAAGUAUAGAGUAAAGCAAUAUAUAUGAAUCAGUCCUGUUUCUUAUUGUAUUUCUGAACACGCUGUUAAAUAACUUAAAAAAAAAGACCUUGUUUUUUCCCUCAAUAGUGUAUAAUUGUGUCUGUAGUGACAGGAAACACUGUGUAAGGGAUAAUUAAUAGUGAGCAGAUGGUUAUACACACUGGAACCCUAGCAGGAUGGGCAAGGCUGCACCAUGUCUGCAGCCAUUGCAGGACAGAUGCUCCUCAUGCUGCUCUGACAUUUAUGAUUUGUAACUAUUCCCCUUGGACCCUCAAGAUAAGGAAAGAAACAUUUUUGCCACAGUGAUUAUCAAUUUAGAGAACUAUUGGAUAGUAACAUUUUUGCCACGGUGUCAACAGGUAAGCAGAGUCCAACACAUGGCACAAACAAACAUUUUUUAUUAGUUUGUCUCACAACCUGGACUGUGAUCGGACUGCUGGGAAAUUUAGUCUACCUUGGACAUUGGAUUCAUGGGUGGGCUUUUGUGUGCUUUUAUUAGACAACUUAAGUUAGCAUGCUAAUGCUUAAGUGGAUAAUGACACCUCAUUCAUCCUCAUUGGUGCUCCAGUGCUUUCAAGCUGGUAAAUUGUCAAGCUUGCUGUUAACAAAUUAGCCCCUUGGCUGGCUUGCUCAAUAAUGGUUAUACUAGCAGGAUACUGUCUAAAUCAGUGUUUGAUUGUGUUCUUUGCCAAAUUACUGCACCGACUUACAGCAUUCAUCAUCAUCAUUUAACUAAUGCUCAAUAGUGUUGCAUUGAAAAGAAAGGCCUUUAACCUCCAUUAAACUGUACAAAUGUGACAUGUAACGUGUCAGUGUUUUGGUUGUUUCACAGGAGGGUCUUCACUCUAACUGUCAGUAUUUUUUACAGUAGAAAUCUAACAUAUUUUUUAGGAAGUACGAAUGUAUGUACGUUAAAAAAACUGGAUCAAAUUGUUUAUAAAAGUCACACUAAACUUUUCCUCUCUUUGCAAUUUACAUCUAUCCUUUUCUGUCUCCUGUGUUCUCUGCCCAGGUUACUAUUCCCACAGGGAGACGGUCAACGGCUCCUGGUAUGUCCAGGAUCUGUGUGAGCUGCUUCAAAAGUAUGGGGACUCUCUUGAAUUUACAGAGUUACUCACACUGGUCAACAGGAAAGUGUCCAUGAGGAGUGUGGGGAACAGUAGUGACAAGUCUUCCAUCGGAAAGAAGCAAGUACCUUGCUUUGCUUCAAUGCUCACUAAGAAACUUUACUUCCGACCAAAAAAGUAGCAGUUUGACACUUUAUAAAAAGUCAUGAAAUGAGCUGUUUUUUAAAAAAUUACUGUUAAAUUUUUUAGGAUAUAUGUUUUUUAGUUCUCCGAGAAUACAUUUGCUCAUGAACACUAUUAUUUCUUUUUAAACAUCAUUAAUCAAACACAGUAUUGAACACUGAACAUCAGGGACAAUCCAAUUCACAUGCACAGAAGUUAUCUAAAUGUCCCAGCUUCUGGCAGUUCAUUACUCCAAAGAGUAAAUGCUUUCUUGAAACCCUGGCUUUAUUUACCAUAUUGAGUCUCCUCUAGAGAAUCCAGAUUUCCUGUUCCUGAAAAAUACCUUUACCUGGACCAUGGAUACGACUUUUUUGAUGGCAUAAACUCAGGGGAAGUAUCAGCAGCAGGAUGGAAGAUAAGCUGAUAACCAUGAUACAGUGUCAGGUGCAGUGAUUCAUCUCACCUAACUGAACCUGGUUCUACACAAUCAUCCAGUUUCCUGUGUGAAUGCAGCAGUAAAUGGACAUCAUAAUGCAAUCUAGUAUAUUUACAACUGCGCAGUAAAUCAGAUUUAAACCAAUUACACUGGCUUAUCAUGAAAAAAGAACAACGAUAUGUUGCCAGCGACAAAAUAAAGGAGCAGAGGUAUCAAUUUACAUAAUUGACUAAUUGAUUUGGGAUGCUUUAGGAUCUAAAAGGAUUAACAUCACAGCUCAGAAAUGUCCUGUAGUAAACCUGAACACAUAAUCAAAAGUAUUUCUCUUUAUCUCACAUCACUCUUGAUUACUCUGGUAAUCAAACUGGCCUUAGAGACAGCUGCAAAUCUUCCUCAGAUUUCAGAAGUGAAUAAUAAGGCUGAAGUUUUUAAUUUGGCCCAUCUCCAUCAGAGGAAGGGUCAUUUUUUAGAACAUGCUUGUGUUUUUGUAUUGGAUUGCAUUGUGAUCUACAUUUUUCAAGUCCUGCAAAUAAGCACAUAUUUGCACUCUGUUGCAAUUUUGCUUUUUUAAUCCUGUUUUGAGUACAUAGGUACCAAACAAACUUGCCCUAUCCCUCAGCCAACCUCUGUUUCUUAAAAAUCUAACAAGACACUACAAGCUGACACUUUAAGUGAACUUGAACAGGGCAGCUUUCUUCAUUCCUAACACUGAUAUUUCCAGAUGUGCAGUGAGUCAGGCUCUCUUGAGUAUAACAUGAUUUCCAGUCACUGCUCUUAUCUAGACAAUAACAUUCCUACCUAAUGGAUCAUCUGUUGCCCUAUCUCUUAGCCAACAUGUGUUUCUUAAAAAUCUAACAAGACACUAGAAGCUGACACUUCCAGUGAACUUGAAUAGGGCAGCUCUUUUUCAGGCCUAACAGUAAUGUUUCCAGAUGUCCAGUGAGUCAUGCUUUCUUGAGUAUAACGUGAUUUUCAGUCACUGCUCUUAUCUGGAUGAUAAUAUUCCUACCUAAUGGAUCUUCAAAGGUAGAGAAAAACUAGAGCAGUGAUGGAAAUGUUCUGUGUUCAUGAUCAAGUAGUAUCUCUUUUAGAGAGUAUUCAGGCACUACACACAUGCUGUUAGUCUUAAAAAUCACUACAAAAAGGGAAUUCAUGUUUGUGCUGUGCUGUGUUGUGGCAGUUAACAGUACCAGAUAUGAUGAUGCGUAUUUGCACCAAAAAUGGCAACACACCCUGUUGUGGAAAGUACCUCAGGGAGGAGGCUGGCUGUUUUUUGUAAGUGGUACUGUGGACCUAAAACACUGCAAGCUGUGUCAUAUGAUCAGUGACUCAGGAAAAACAAAGCUUCCAGCAUACUUUGAUCCUGUACUUUUGUGGUCUGACUUUUGUGACUUUUACAAUAAAAAAUGUUUGAUGUUUUA